AUGAACAUUGAGAAAGCUUACAGUACCUUUAACAUCAGCAAUGGAACAAAUCUAGCUAUUGGCUUUACCUCGUCCACAGUAGCUGUCCUUCUAUUUGGGACAAACUUUGUGCCUGUUAAGAAAUUUGAUACUGGUGAUGGCAUGUUCUUUCAGUGGAUCCUCUGUGCCUCUAUAUGGAUAGUUUCUUUGGUGAUCAAUUUAAUCCAGAAUUGCCCUCGGUUUUGGCCUUUGGCUAUGGUUGGGGGUUUUGUGUGGGCUACAGGCAAUGUUACAGUUGUCCCUAUUGUUAAAACUAUUGGCUUAGCUCUUGGUCUUUUGGUAUGGGCUUCUUUUAAUUUGCUGACAGGUUGGGCAAGUUCAAGGUUUGGUUGGUUUGGAAUUGACCCAGAAGAGGUAUCAAGACCAAUCUUAAAUUAUAUUGGAGCUGGGCUUUCACUAUUAAGUGCUGUCAUAUUUCUUUUUAUAAAAACUGAAGUCCAGAGUUCUUCAACUUCAUUAGAAAGCACGCCGUUACUGAGAGAAAGUUCCAUUAAUGUUUCUGAAGAUAUCUCUGAUGAUUCAUGGGUGAACAGACUUUCUCCAGCAAAAAAGAGACUCAUAGGAUGUAGCCUAGCUGUAGUAGCUGGAAUACUCUACGGUUCCAGUUUUGUACCAGUACUUUACAUCAAGGACCAUGGAAGAAGAAAUGAAACUGUAUACGCAGGAGCAAGUCAAUUUGAUUUGGAUUAUGUUUUUGCACACUUCAGUGGAAUAUUUCUUACAAGUACUGUCUACUUUUUGAUCUACUGUGCAGUCAGGAAAAAUAAACCUAAUAUUUAUCCCCAAGCCAUAUUGCCAGGGUUUGUUUCUGGUGUGCUUUGGGCAAUAGCCAAUUGCUGCUGGUUCAUAGCCAAUCACUAUCUCAGUGCUGUGGUCAGCUUUCCAAUAAUUACUGCAGGUCCCGGCCUUGUUGCUUCAAUGUGGGGAGUCCUUGUAUUUAAAGAAAUCAAGGGACUGAAAAACUAUGUGUUACUCUCAGUAGCGUUUUGCAUCAUUAUGGCUGGAUCACUGUCUACGGCUUUUUCUAAAAUUUGAAAGGAUCUUCUAGACCAGUAGAUGGUGCUGCUGUUUAAUAUAAAGACAAUAUUGGUAUAUAUGUAGCAAUACAUAAUGAUUUUCAAAAUGAAUGUGCAACAUUUACCCUAACUUACUUCAGGCAAGUGAAAAAGAAAACCUUCACUCCCAUUUGGCAUGAAAAGCUGGAAAUGUUUGUUUCUGCAUUU